UUUAAACGACGCCUUGCGAAAUUUUGGUCUCUCUCGCUCGCGAUAACGGUUCGCCGUCGCUCACGGCGGCGCCUCCGGUUGUUGGUGGCGGGAUAGGUGAAUUGAAGAAUAACAACAUUCGGUGGUGAUAUUCUGUGCCGCGUAACUCGACGAGCCGUCAUUUCCUGAAUUUUUUGCCUUGGUCGUUGGUGCUGUAUAGGUUUCCAAAAUGAUAGGAUCACUUCUCAACAGAGUACUUGUGUUAAUUUUUGGUUAUGCUUAUCCUGCAUAUGAAUGCUAUAAAUCAGUGGAAAUGAACAAGCCUAAUAUCGAGCAGCUUCGGUUCUGGUGCCAGUAUUGGAUAUUAGUAGCUCUUUUGACAGUUGGGGAAAAGAUUGGUGAUUUUAUCGUGGGCUGGCUUCCAAUGUACGGUGAAUUCAAACUGGCGUUCUUUAUGUAUUUGUGGUUCCCUAAAACGAAGGGAACAACGUACAUCUAUAAUUCCUUCUUUAGACCGUACAUUGCCAAACACGAGACAGAAAUUGAUCGACAGUUGUUAGAACUGAGGACGAGGGCUGGAGACAUGGUUUUCAUGUACUGGCAGAAAUCUGCAGGCUAUUUGCAGACUAGAGUCCUAGAGAUUUUGCAGUAUAUUGUUUCCCAAUCGCCCCUCAAACAACCAGUUAAGCCACAACAUGAAGCAGCAGCAGCUACAAGCAUCCCGGAAUACACAACACCCUCAAAACCGACAUCGCCACAGAAACAGAUUCAGGACAAACCAAUAUCUCCUGCAUCUUCAACCGAUAAUAAUCGCCAACGAGACACCAACAAAGACGAAGCAGCAGCAAGACCUUCCGGAGACUCAUCAUCAUCAGCCAACUCGACCAACAAACACAAGGAAACGUCAACUCAAUCCCUCUCCGAAACCAGUAAAGAGCAGGAAUCACAAGCUGACUCGGCACAGUCCGCAGAUCAAAGCUCCAAUCCUACAACUCUUCGAAACAUGCUCAUGGAGGAAACCGGGGGGCCAUUCACAAGAGCACGAUUGAGGAAAGUAACGGCAGCAGCAGCAGCAGCAGCGCCGUAAUCCAAUCCCACAUGGAGUUAAGACGUGAGGAGUAUAUAUAUAUAUAUAUAGAGUUGUAGUAUAUGCUGAUUGAUUGAUGUACAUUAUAUCUUCACUUGUGAUGAAGGCACCGUAUAGUUCCUAGUUUUCGAUAUAUGAUGAUAAGUAGUAGUAAUAACAAUAAUAGUGUGGUGUUGAUAAUGUUUCUUUGUGCCCUCUUUUUUUAUUUUUUUUAUUUUUAUGACGUGGGAAUCUAUAACUGCUACUAGGUAAGUCAAACUUAA